AUUUGAUCGUAAUUUCAUUGAAACGAGUCCUGCAGAUACGAUCGACUCGCAAACAUACCGAUUAUUAUAUAUAAUUGAGAUUUAUCAGCACGUCAAAUUUAUGUAGAAUUCGUUUAUUCCGUUGUAGGCGUCUCGGAAGAUGGCAUCCAAAUUAAUUUUUUUAGUUUUGCUAACCUGGACGGUUUUGGUCAAUGCCGAAAUUUCAAAGAGGUACUUAAUCAAAUCGUCGACGGAUGAUGGCGCAUCAAAUGAUGACGAGUGGUGGAAAACUGCAGUUUUUUACCAAAUAUAUCCGAGAUCCUUUAUGGACAGCAACAAGGAUGGAAACGGAGAUAUUCAAGGGAUAAUUCAAAGGUUCAACCACUUGAAAGAUAUGGGUGUGUCAGCAGCUUGGCUAUCCCCCAUAUUUAGGUCCCCUCAAGUAGACCAAGGUUAUGAUAUAUCUGAUUAUAGGGACAUCGACCCCAUAUUCGGUACCAUAUCGGAUUUAAAAGAGUUGAUAAAAGCUGCUCACGACGCAGGAAUAAAAAUCAUCCUCGACUUCGUACCCAAUCACACCAGUAGCGAACAUGAUUGGUUCAUAAAAUCGAUCGAGAAUGAUGAAGAAUACAAGGAUUUUUACAUAUGGAGGGAUGCAAAAAUUGUCGAUCAUACCAGAUACCCUCCCAACAAUUGGGUCAGUCUUUUUAAAGGGUCUGCGUGGACUUGGAACGAGCUUAGGCAACAGUAUUACCUGCACCAGUUUUCCGCUGCCCAGCCAGAUCUUAACUAUCGCAAUCCAAAAGUAGUUGCGGCUAUGAAGGAAAUAUUGCUCUUCUGGCUGGAUUUUGGAGCCGAUGGGUUCAGAAUGGACGCCGUACCGUAUUUAUUUGAGGAUGAUUCCUUCAGUGAUGAACCCCUUUCAGGAGUAUCUGGUUACGUUGCGACUGACUAUGAGUACCUGAAACAUCCUUACACCAAAAACCUAGACGAAACCUACGACAUGAUCUACCAGUGGCGACGGGUCUUGGACGAUUUUAACGUCGGCCAAAAUUACUCGAGGAUAAUGAUGACCGAAGCUUACACCGAAACGCAAGAAGACGCAUUCAAAUAUUACGGCUCCAUAAACGGGACUACGAUGGGGGCGCAUUUUACAUUCAACUUCAACCUGAUAUCGGAUCUGAAAGCUGGAUUUACAGCUGAUGAUUUGAUCCAGGCGAUAGACAAAUGGCUAAGCUUUAUUCCCGAGCAGUAUUCUAGUAACUGGGUCCUUGGAAAUCACGAUAACAGUAGAGUAGCUACGAGACUGGGGGUUCAAAAUGUCGACGCCUUUAACAUGUUGGCCGCAUUUUUGCCUGGGAUACAGGUCACUUAUAACGGGGAAGAAAUUGGCAUGGAAGACGGAGAAGUGUCGUGCCAGCAAGGUUACGAUCCGCAGGCGACUAAAAACUGUACGACAUUUUCGGAAAUUUCGAGGGACUUUGAACGCACCCCUUUUCAAUGGGACACCAGCUCCAACGCGGGAUUCAGCGAAGCUGAAUCGACCUGGUUGCCGGUCAGCGAGAAGUACCUCACAAAUAAUCUUGCAGCACAAAACGUCACUGAUUUAAAAAGCCAUUACAAUCUUUACAAGUCGCUGAUUCGAUUCAGAGAAAAUUUCAAGAACGUUUCAUCUGAUGCGUUAUCACUGUUAACGCUAUCGGACAACGUCAUCCAGAUCGUUAGACGUACUGAUGACAACGUCUAUAGUUACGUGUUCAACGCCGGUAACUCUGUUGAGGAAGUACAGAUUUGGAAGACAGCUGGAAUGUAUAAGGUCGCCCUGGCAUCUACUAACAGCAGUUUUGCCAUAGACGAUGAUUGUGCAGAUAAAGCAGAACUUGGACCCCAUGACUGCGUAAUUCUUAAGUUAGAAACCUCCAUGGAAUCCAACACGGAGACUGUCGCUCCAUCUUUGGCAUUUCUGGGAUUUGCAGUUACUUUAACACUAGUUGUAUCCGUCGUAUAGGUGUAAUUAUUUAGCGUUAUCGUUAUAAAUAAAUAGCUACCAAAAACAUUAACGCGUUGCGCUAUAGAAACAAGACGGUCGAAAACCAAUUACCCCAUUCGCUGUUCUACCUUAUCCUCGUCUAUUAUCU